AUGUCUGCCUUGUUGUUUCUUAUUGUGGCAGGACUUGUGGUUGGCGUAUUUUUCGUGGUGGUAGCAUGGACUGGUCUGGGAAAACAUACACCAGAUUAUUGGGCGGAUAUCGAAUUAUCUUUUAUUGUGGUGUUUACACGCCUAUUUGCGAAUGCCUUAGGAGGAACGUUGAUUAAGAGAUUAUUGCAACUCUUAUCUGUUAUCGGUAUUGCGUUGCUAAUAGUGGAUAUUGCUUUUUUCGCAGCAGACUUGAGGGUCGGGACGUUUAUUCCGUAUACGACGAUGUUGGCUGUAGCUUUAUUUCGUGGAUCGAUGGCACUUGGCUACUGCAUCAUGCGUAUCAUAGCGGUGUUUCGAAAGACGGGAAGCCCGGGAACCUGGGUCACUCUCAACAUCCGCAUUCCUUUCGAAGUGGCCGGGUUUGUUCAAAACGGUGUGUUUGUCAUUCUUGGGAUUUUGCAUGUUGCCACGCGAACUAGAAGGUAUCUCAAGGACAAAGCCGAGAACCGAAAAAAUAGCAUGUUCGAACUAAGUAGUGCGAUACCUGGAGAAGGAAGGCGAGCCAUGUCAGUAUCGGACAUAUCAAGAACAGGCACAGUAAAGGGUGACUCCGAGGUUGAGCUCGUGACUAGGAAGGACAAUGUAUAG